GGCACUUGCUAGGAGAAUGCCUUCUAUCAACAGCACCCAGUUUCAUCCCCCUUUCUUUCUCCUGCUAGGAAUACCAGGACUAGAAACUUUACAUAUCUGGAUUGCUUUCCCCUUCUGUAUUGUGUACCUGAUUGCCCUUUUGGGGAAUAUAACCAUUCUUCUUGUGAUCAAGACAGAACACAGUCUCCACCAGCCCAUGUUCUACUUCCUUGCCAUGUUGUCUAUGAUUGAUCUGGGUCUGUCCACAUCCACCAUCCCAAAAAUGCUGGGUAUCUUCUGGUUCAAUCUCCAAGAGAUCAGUUUUGGGGGUUGUCUUACUCAGAUGUUCUUUAUCCACAUGUUUACAGGUAUGGAGACUGUUCUAUUGGUAGCCAUGGCUUAUGACCGCUUUGUUGCCAUCUGCAAUCCUCUCCAAUACACCAUGAUCCUCACCAAUAAAACCAUCAGUAUCCUAGUUUCUAUUGUUGUUGGAAGAAAUUUAGUUCUUGUAACCCCAUUCGUGUUUCUGAUUUUGCGACUGCCUUUCUGUGGGAAUAACAGCAUCCCUCACACGUACUGUGAGCACAUGGGUCUUGCCCGGUUGGCCUGUUCACCCAUUAAAGUCAACAUAAUCUAUGGUCUCACAGUGAUUUCUAAUAUUGUGGUGGAUGUGAUCCUCAUUGCUUUUUCUUAUGUGCUUAUCCUUCGAGCUAUUUUUUGCCUUCCCUCUCAAGAUGCCCGACUAAAGGCUUUUAAUACCUGUGGUUCCCAUGUCUGCGUCAUGCUGUGCUUUUACACACCAGCAUUUUUUUCUUUUAUGACACACCGUUUUGGCAAAAACAUUCCUCACUACAUCCAUAUUCUUUUGGCUAAUGUAUACGUGGUUGUCCCACCUGCCCUUAACCCUGUCAUUUAUGGAAUCAGGACUAAGCAGAUCCGACAGCAGGUCAUAAAGAUAUUUGUACAGAAAGAAUAAUUCUGUGUAAAAUUUGGGUUAACCGUAUCUACUACAACCCAAAUUAUCAGAGCUUC